AUGUGCGAUGCAGUGCAAGCUCCGCCCAAUCGACGUCCUUGUGAUAUUUCCAAAUGCCCAUAUGAAUGGGUACCUGGGCCAUGGAAUACGUGCUCAAAGACUUGUGGUAAGGGUACCCAAUUUCGCUUCGUAGAAUGUCGUGUAAAAACUCCAAAUGCUACCAAGUACAGUGAGCCUGCUGUGCCUAAAGAGAAAUGUGACGCGUUACCAAUGCCAACGGAAGCACAAGAGUGUAAUUUAAAUGCUUGCGAAUCCGAGUUCCAAUGGCAAAUUGGCCCAUGGGGAGCGUGUUCCCAAACUUGCGGUCAAGGCGUUCGCCGUCGAAAAGUUCGAUGCUAUAGCCGUCAGGGUGUACUCGUUUCUCGUAGUAAAUGUGAACAGAAUUCACCUCGUCCUCGUCGAACUCAAACUUGCUUCCAGAGGAACUGCGAUAAGUACUACAAUAUGGAGGAUACAAUAAAUAUGGAAGAUGACAGCGUCAAAAGCGUCCUUGAUGAGGAUUACAUAGAGUAUGAUGAGAUGCCCUUAUGUACA